AUGCAUGGCACUUAUCGGGGAUUUUUCAAAUCUUUCCGGGGAAUUCGUCAGGGAGAUCCCCUCUCUCCAUAUUUGUUUAUUAUUGUUGAGGAGACUCUUACACGCGUGUUAAGAAAGGCUUCGUCUAUUAAAGCAGUGGUGGAAAUCCUAGGCAUUUAUGAAAAUAUGUCUGGGCAGAAAGUGAAUCACCGGAAAUCAGCAAUAUUUUUCUUGAAGUACAUGUCCUUACAAAGGAAAAAUGAAUCACUCUGUUUGAGUAACUUCACACAAGGGUCUUUUCCAAUCACAUAUUUGGGGGCUCCAAUAGCCCUAGGUCAUUUAUGUAUCAGACAUUUCGAGCCGCUGAUUAUGAAGGUGAGAAAGAAAAUAUCUGGCUGGAAAUCUUUACUCUUAUCAAUUGGAGAAAGAUUAACUCUUGUAAAGCAUGUUCUUUUAAGUAUGCAUAUACAUAUCUUAUCGGUUAUUUGCAUACCUCAAGGGGUUAUUCAUCAAAUUCAUUCUUUAAUCUCAAAUUUUAUUUGGCGAGAGGCAGAUGGUAAAGCAAAGUGA